AUGUCUGGCAAGCUCGCAACCGACUACCCCUCGUGGGCCAAGCUCCAGCAGCUCUACGACUCAGAGCACACCAAGCUCGUGCUCAAGGACCUCUUCAACCAGGACCCGGAGCGCUUCGCCAAGUUCUCGCGCACGUACGACUCGCCCAACAAGGACGUGCACCUUCUCGUCGACUUUUCCAAGAACCUCAUCAACGACGACGUCUUCUCGACCCUGGUCCAGCUCGCCAAGGAGGGCGGCGUCGAGCAGGCGCGCGACGACAUGUUCGCCGGCAAGCACAUCAACACGUCCGAGGACCGCGCCGUCCUUCACGUCGCUCUGCGCAACGUCGGCGGCGAGUUCAAGAUCGACGAGGCCGGCGCCGACGAGGUCCAGGGCGUCCUCGACCACAUGGCCGACUUUGCGACCAAGGUCCGCUCGGGCGAGUGGAAGGGCUACACGGGCAAGGCGAUCGACACCAUCGUCAACAUCGGCAUCGGUGGCUCGGACCUCGGCCCCGUCAUGGUCACCGAGGCGCUCAAGCCGUACGGCAAGGAGGGCCUCACGUGCCACUUCGUCUCGAACGUCGACGGCACCCACAUUGCCGAGAUCACCAAGGCGUGCAACCCCGAGACGACCCUGUUCAUCGUCGCGUCCAAGACGUUUACGACCCAGGAGACGAUCACCAACGCCGAGAGCGCGCGCGAGUGGUUCCUCAAGUCGGCGACCGACAAGGCGCACAUCGCCAAGCACUUUGUGGCCCUGUCGACCAACACCAAGGCCGUCACCGAGUUCGGCAUCGACGCCGGCAACAUGUUCAAGUUUUGGGACUGGGUCGGCGGCCGCUACUCGCUGUGGUCGGCCAUCGGCCUGCCCAUCAUGCUCUUCAUCGGGCCCGAGAACUUCCAGGAGCUCCUCGCCGGCGCGCACGAGAUGGACAAGCACUUCCGCGACACCAAGCUCGAGGACAACCUCCCCGUCAUCCUCGCGCUCGUCGGCCUGUGGUACAACGACUUCUACGGCGCGCAGACCCACGCGCUCCUCCCGUACGACCAGUACAUGCACAAGUUCGCCGACUACUUCCAGCAGGGCGACAUGGAGUCGAACGGCAAGUUCGUCACCAAGGACGGCCGCCGCGUCUCGUACCAGACGGGCCCGAUCAUCUGGGGCCAGUCGGGCACCAACGGCCAGCACGCCUUCUACCAGCUCAUCCACCAGGGCACCAAGCUCAUCCCCGCCGACUUCCUCGCGCCGGUCGAGUCGCAGAACCCCAUCCGCGACAACCUGCACCACAAGAUCCUGCUUUCGAACUUCUUCGCCCAGCCCGAGGCGCUCGCGUUCGGCAAGGACGAGGAGACGGUCCGCAAGGAGCUCGGCGCCGAUGCCGACAACGAGGCGCUCCGCAAGAGCAAGGUGUUCGAGGGCAACCGCCCGACCAACUCGAUCCUGUUCCAGAAGCUCACGCCGAGGACCCUCGGUUCGCUCAUCGUCAUGUACGAGCACAAGAUCUUCGUGCAGGGCUGCAUCUGGGGCAUCAACUCGUUCGACCAGAUGGGCGUAGAACUCGGCAAGCAGCUCGCCAAGAGCAUCCUCGGCCAGCUCGACAGCGCCGACAAGGUCGUCGACCACGACUCGUCGACGACGGGCCUCAUCAAGCACUGGCAGACUCGCGCUGCGCUCUGA